AUGCAAUCCUAUUUCCUCUGGACUCUCGUUGUCCUGGCGCUUCUUGGCACCUCGUUGGUAAGCGGCGCCAAGGAUGCUGACCAUUUGGUUUGCCAACUGCCCGAAGGAUCGCUGCAGGAUCUGCAGGAGAAUCUGGAGGCCAGACUGAACGGAACGGAGGGACAGCUGCAGGACAUUCAGAACACCUUGGUCUCCCUGCAGGAAUCCCUGAGGACACUUUUAGCCGAGAAGGAGAACCGGAACCCGGAACCCGCUGCCAUCCAAAACAUUCCGCCGAAGUUCGAGCGAAUCCUCGAUCGUUACUUCUAUAUAGAGCACAAUCUCGAGGUGGAUUGGGCUUCGGCUGCCGACAUCUGUCGCAAGAUUAACGGCCAUUUGGCGGCGCUGAAGAACGAGGAGGAGCUGGCGGCCAUCCAACUGAAGCUGAGGAACGAUUGGUAUCACCUGGGGAUCAGCGAUGAGGGUCACAAAGGCGAGUUCACCUCCGUGGCCUCGGGUAAACCCGCUGUAUUCCUCAAGUGGAACGAUGAGAGUCCCGAAAACGCAGGAAAGUGCGUUCAGCUUAAGAACGGCGGCUUUAUGGGAGAUUAUUACUGCAGUGAACGAGUCAAUUUCAUUUGCCAAUUGGACACAGAUGUAUAG